CUCCACAUCGUCGUGGUGCCGCAGCAGCAGCAGCCAACGCGGUGAGUGCGUCCUGCAGCAGCAGCAAGCAGCAACAACAGCAGCAGCAGCAAACGGCACCUGUCGUUUUCCACACCAACCGUUUUUUUAGGAGUAAAACAAGAUAUUCGAAACAAUUCACAGCCGGGGAUCCGUGAAUACCGAUGGCUUCAUGUGUAGAUAUUCACGCCUCUGAAAAUUACGCAUCGAGCCCUUGAUGCUGAAGUGUGGCAACGUUGAGGGGAGCAAUUUCAGUGCUUCCUUGUGAACACACACACACACACACACACAAACACACACACACACACACACACACACAGACACACACUCAUAUUGUGGCGCCUUUUGGAUACAAGCGCUUCCCAGGAAACAAUGAGAGGCUUCCUGCUGACUGCAAUCUUUCUGCUGCCCUUGGUGGCCUCAGAGUCCGAGCACUGUAUAAUAAAGCGUGAACAUGAGAAAUGCAUGGAGCAGAUCAUUCAGCACAACCCCAGUGAUGACCUUGAAUUGGUCCCCGCCAUGUGUCCGUGGAUGUGGGAUAACCUGACCUGCUGGCAGUCCGCCAACGUUGGCGAAGUGGUGGUGGUCAACUGUCCAGAGCUGUUUCACGACUUCAUGGACCCCGAGGAUGAGAUGGCCAAGGUCAGUCGUAACUGCACCGAGGAGGGCUGGUCUGAACCGUUCCCUCACUACGCCGAAGUCUGCUUCUUCUACGACAACACCACCGAACCUGACCCGUACUACGCCUCGGUCAAAGCUCUGUACACGGUCGGCUACAGCACGUCGCUGGUGUCUCUGACCACGGCCAUGGCCAUCCUCUGCAGGUUCAGGAAGCUCCACUGCACCAGGAACUUCAUCCACAUGAACCUGUUUGUGUCGUUCAUGCUGAGAGCCAUCUCCGUCUUCAUCAAGGACGGCGUGCUGUACGCUCAGGAGGACAGCGACCACUGCUUCGUACACACGGUGGCGUGUAAAGCGGUGAUGAUUUUCUUCCAUUACUGUGUCAUGUCCAACUACUUCUGGCUGUUCAUCGAGGGUCUGUAUCUGUUCACUCUGCUGGUGGAGACUUUCUUCCCUGAGAGGCGUUACUUCUACUGGUACACCAUCGUCGGAUGGGGAACUCCAACCAUCUGUGUCACUGUCUGGGCAGUACUGAGGCUCCACUUUCAUGACACUGGAUGCUGGGAUACCAAUGAGCACACUGCCCUCUGGUGGGUGAUCAAAGGACCUGUUGUGGCCUCCAUUAUGAUCAAUUUUGUCCUCUUCAUUGGAAUAAUCAUCAUCCUGGUGCAGAAGCUGCAGUCUCCUGACAUCGGAGGGAACGAGUCAAGCAUUUACCUCAGCUGUGCUCAGAAAUGCUUCAGUGAGCCCACACAGGCUGUUCAGCAUUCGUGCAGGAUGUCAGAGUUAUCUACCAUCACACUGCGUCUGGCUCGCUCCACCCUGCUGCUCAUCCCCCUGUUUGGUAUCCACUACACGGUGUUCGCCUUCUCACCUGAAGACGUCAGGAAGAGGGAGAGACUGGUCUUUGAGCUGGGACUGGGAUCCUUCCAGGGAUUUGUUGUAGCUGUCCUCUACUGUUUCCUCAAUGGAGAGUUUCUCCCUGAAGGUGCAGUCGGAGAUCAAGAGGAAAUGGCGCAGCUGGACGGUGAACCGGUACUUUGCUGUGGACCUGAAGCAGCAAAGGCACCCUUCGUUGGCGAGCAGCGGAGUGAACGGCGGGACUCAGCUGUCGAUCCUCAGCAAGAGCAGCUCCCAGAUCCGCAUGUCAAGCCCGCUGGCGGAGAACGCCAACAUCAGCCUCCCGACCUGAACGUGUGAUUGGCCGGAGCCAAACUUCAAGGUGCCGUUCCACUUAAUGUACAUCCAGACCAACCCGAGCUGACCAAAGUGGCCCCUCAUACCUCUCACAUUUUGUAGUUUGGCCUUUUGAAAAUGAGGUAUUUCUGAAAGCAUUUACUGGAAAUUCAUUAGAAGCAUAUAGCUGACCUUCAUACUUAUCAUUUCAUUUGAAUUCUACAGUAUAAUUGAGUAUUUUAGUUCACUUAACUUGAUAUUUUAAUGGACAAAUUCCACAAGAGAGAUAUUAGAGUUUUUCUCUUUCGACCAAUGUUUUUAUUUUAAAUUUAGCCCCCUGUUAUGGUUUCAUUUAUGGAUAAUAUUAAUGUAGAAUUGGUGCCAAAAAGCAGUACUUGUUGUAAAAAGAAGAAAAGAUGUAGG